UAAAUAAGAAAAUUGCUUCAAGCUAGCUGCUAGCAUUGCGGCAAACCUAUUCAACAGUGAACAAAUAAAUAAUAAUCUCAAGCCAUUGCUUUAGUACUUUUUUUCACUGGUAAACACAAUUAUCUGUACUCAAUCGUGCAAGAUGCAGGUAAAAACUUUUUGUGGGUGCUGCUCAUUACAAAUUGGCAGUAUAAUUAUCGGAAUUGCGACUAUAUUAUGUACAAUAUUCGUCUUCAUCCUAGAAGCUAUCGGGAUAGACCAUAUUGAAAACAUUGAAAAUCCUGAAUUUAAAAUGAGUACCUACUUCAUUGUCAAAGCUAUUUACACAGGGGUAAUGUCAUAUCUUGCGAUUUGUAUGAUAAUAUCCAUACAACUAAUUAUCGGAAGUAUUAAGCGUAAAGCCAGCUAUGUUUUUCCCUUUGUCUGCUUGGCAUACAGCAACGUAAUAAUGCAACUAGCAAUCUCUAUUGGUGUAAUGGUGUUUACAUUUGGAUACCCAUUACCAGCGAUAAUGAUUUACGUGAACUUCUUAAUUCUAUCCCUUCUUAUGGGUGCCUACGUUUACAUCUGGCUUGUAUCCUACAGUUUCUACAAGGAAUUGAUGCUGGAAAAGUAUGGGUAUUCUCCAAAUCAGGAGAACAAAAACUACGAACCGUACAAAGGUUACAAUGUUUAAAUUAAAGUCACUAAAAAUUGUGAUAUUAAAUUUUGCUCGCACAUUUUGUAUUAUUUUUUUGGUCUAUUGUAAUAUAACUAAUUAAUUGCUUUGAUAUGUGAUAUCAAUGUCCAUUAAAAUUAUCAAAGUCUGUACCGUAUUUCUUCUUUAAAAAAAAAAAAAGGAUUUUCAAUGGAGUAAUCGAUAGUUUAAGCUAUCUUACAUUAAGACAGAAGAUUAACGUACAAAUAAAUGAUGAAGCUAUUUUAAAUAA